UCACGAUGCGUGAAUCCACUAGUCUGAUACUCCACAAAGGCAGCAUCCAGUAAGCCACUUGUGGGAAGGACUUGAGUCACAGAUCCUGCAAGAGUAGAGCAACAGUGAUCUGGACCAGAGCCACAGCAGGGAUGAAUCUGUCUGAUGAGUCCUCCUACCAAGCGGAUGCGCUGCUGGGUAACUUCACCAGGGCUUACUCCUACUUUCACCUGAACUACACCCUGCCCCUUCCAAUGCAACCAGAGAAGACCAGCACUUUCAAACCUGCAGCAUGCGAGCAGGUCCACAUUGCUGUAGAGGUCUUUCUGAUCCUGGGUAUCAUUUCCCUGAUGGAGAAUAUCCUGGUCAUCACAGCCAUAGUCAAGAACAAGAACCUCCACUCACCUAUGUAUUUCUUCGUCUGCAGUCUGGCAGUAGCAGACAUGCUGGUUAGUGUGUCCAACGCCUGGGAGACCAUCAUCAUUUACCUCCUCAACAACAGACAGCUGGUGGUGGAUGAUCACUUCAUCCGGCAAAUGGACAAUGUGUUUGACUCCAUGAUUUGCAUCUCUGUUGUGGCAUCAAUGUGUAGCCUGCUGGCCAUCGCUGUGGACAGGUACGUCACUAUCUUCUAUGCACUGAGAUACCACAACAUCAUGACAGUGAGGAGAGCCGGCUGCAUUAUCGGGGGAAUCUGGACCUUCUGCACGGGCUGCGGGAUCGUCUUCAUCGUCUACUCAGACACCACCCCCGUCAUCAUCUGCCUGGUCUCCAUGUUCUUUGCCAUGCUGCUCAUCAUGGCCUCCCUCUACAGCCACAUGUUCAUGCUGGCACGUUCACACGUGAAGCGCAUCGCUGCCCUGCCUGGCUACAACUCCAUCCACCAGCGGGCCAGCAUGAAGGGGGCCAUCACGCUCACCAUCCUGCUGGGGAUCUUCAUCGUCUGCUGGGCCCCCUUCUUCCUCCACCUGAUCCUCAUGAUUUCAUGUCCACGCAACCUCUACUGCGUGUGCUUCAUGUCCCACUUCAACAUGUACCUCAUCCUCAUCAUGUGCAACUCUGUGAUUGACCCACUCAUCUAUGCUUUCAGGAGUCAGGAGAUGAGGAAAACUUUUAAGGAGAUUGUCUGUUGUUACAGCCUGAGAAACAUCUGUGCUCUGACAGGUAAGUAUUAAGAGACACAUAGACCAAUGAUAGGAUUUGUAGGAUGGAGCCUGGUCAGCCCUCAAGAAGACAUGGGAGAGGGAUCUAAAUAAUUUAUUACACUGGUUGAUGAGGAGUUGGACAGAAUUUGCGAUGUGAGGGUACAACUCAUCCAGUUCAAGAUUAUGCAUUGCUUCUCUUGGACUCCCUCCAGAUUGUUCAGACUUGGUUUGAAAGACACAACAAAUUGUUUGAAAUGUAAGACAGAGGGCAGCUAAUUACUUCAUGUCCUAUGGUCCUGUUGUAAGGUCCAGGGGUCUCAUUUAUA